GCCUUGGUGCUCGAACUGGAAGUAUCCCUACAUUAUCUGUUUCUCUGGAUAAAGAAUCAUAUUAGUCGUUAAUCUGUCAAAGUAUCGAUGGGAUAGGUCACAAUGAAGACCCUGGUCCUCCUGGCUCUCCUGGGAAUAGGUCUGCAUGGCGCAGCAGCAGCGACUCACUCUCUGAAGUAUUUCUACACUGCGUCUUCUGGAGUCCCAAACUUCCCAGAGUUUGUGACUGUUGGGUUGGUUGAUGAAGUUCAGAUGUUUCACUAUGACAGUAACACCAUGAAAGCAGAACCCAAACAGGACUGGAUGAGCAGAGUCACAGCAGACAGAGCUGACUACUGGGAGAGGGAGACAGAGAUCGAUGUGGCUGCCCAACAGGUCUUCAAAGCCAACAUUGAAACUGUAAAGCAGCGCUUCAACCACACUGGAGCCAAAUAUGCUCAACCCUCUAAAUCUCCUCCACAUGAGUCAGAAAUUCCUGCAAGUAAUCCUUCUACAGAAAAUGUACAGAGCAACACACCAUUGAUGAAAGAUUUGACGACUUCAUCUGAUACUUUGAUGAGCAUAUCAGGUUUAUAUCUAUCUAUCUAUCUAUCUAUCUAUCUAUCUAUCUAUCUAUCUAUCUAUCUAUCUAUAGCUGACAGUGACCUCUGACCUCCCAGAACAUGA